ACAGGAUCAGAUCAGAGAGCUGCAGCCGUCUGAGGAUGGCGAUCCAAGACAGAACUGAUCUCUGUUUCCCACAUCUCCUCAACAGCUCCUGCAGGAAGCCCACACUUCACUGGUCUGAAGCCGUUCUCCUGAACUCUGUGCUGCUCUUCAUCUCACUGAUCACUGUAGUGCUCAACCUCCUCAUCAUCAUCUCAGUCUCACACUUCAGGCAGCUCCACACUCCUACAAACAUCCUCCUCCUCUCUCUGGGUGUUUCAGACUUUUUUGUUGGUCUCCUGCUGAUGCCUUUUGAAAUCUACAAAUUUACAUUCUGCUGGAUUCUUGGAGACGCCAUGUGUGUUUUGUUUUGUUUUUUGAUUAAUACCAUCCUGGUUGUUUCGAUCUGGAACAUUGUCCUGAUAUCAGUCGACCGCUACGUAGCCAUUUGUUACCCUCUGCAUUACCCCACCAGAAUCUCGUUGACGAGAGUCAAAUAUUGUGUUUGUCUGUGUUGGUUCUGUGCUUCUUCCUGCAGCUUAUUCUAUUCAAAGGAUGAGCUGAUUCAGCCUGGCAGAAGUAAAUCCUGCACUGGAGAAUGUAUAUAUUAUUUAAGCUAUGCUGCAGGAAUAAUUGAUCUAAUUUCUAAUUUCAUACUUCCAGUAACAACCAUCAUAGUUCUGUAUUUGAGAGUAUUUGUGGUGGCUGUGUCUCAGGCUCGUGCCAUGCGCUCUCACAUUACAGUCGCCUCGUUUCAUUCAGCGACAUCAGGAACAAAGAAAUCAGAGUUAAAAGCAGCCAGGACUCUGGGGGUUCUAGUUGUUGUAUAUCUAAUGUGUUACUGUCCAUAUUACUGUUACUCUUUAGUUGGGAUUAGUUUAACUAAUUCCCCUUAUGCAUUUUCUUUGGUUUUCCUCUGCUAUGUUAACUCUUGUCUGAACCCUGUGAUCUACGCCCUGUUCUACCCCUGGUUCAGAAAAGCUGUUAAAGUCAUUGUUACUCUACAGAUACUGCAGCCUGGCUCACAUGAGGCCAACAUACUGUGAAAACACUGCUGACUGACAAACAACAGAUAACAAUUUUUUUUUUUUGUAAAUUAAAAAAAAAAUAUUGUGACAUCAGAAAACCCCUUGUAACAUAACCACUAUGUUAAUUUUUUCCUGAAUAAUUAUAUUAAAAAGCAAAUGUAUCAAACUGUCUUGUAGAACAGUUGCAGUGAUUUCAUUGUUAAAAAUCAUUCUGAAUUUCCACUGUUUAUAACUGAGUUGGGUGAAACAUCAUGCUGUUUUCAGGUGUGUGUGAAAUUGGUGAUUGAAAAAGAGGCGGGUGCGUCGGCGCGCAGCGGAGAGGAAGACGCUCACCGUUAGAUCUGUGCAGCGGGAUUUUGUCUUUAUCGAUCGUUUAAAACUAGUAAAAAUCAAAGAAAAGACAUAAAACAGCGAUCAAAGUUCGCGCCAGUGCCGCAGAUCGUAUAAUAGGAACUGGAUCGGAGUUUGCACCCAGGAAAGGCCGCCGGUGCGAGAAGACGCCACCGAGGGGAAAGAAAGACUCUCCCGGUGAGAUCUGGACUUUACUUUUCUUUUUGGGGAUUUUUGGUGGUACCACUCUUUUUUCUUAUCUUUUUUGGGGUUUUUUUGACGUUUGGGAUUUUCAU